ACGGGUCGUGCAUGGUUGACUGACAGAUUAAACCGCCCAACGUGCUUAUUGAAAAGGAUCGACAUUUUGAGGAGAUCACGGUAACAUCGUUAUUCAUACGCGCCCACGCCCAAAUUUUUGUUCCGUUACCUGGCUGGGUUCGUCCCGUGGCCGUACAUAUUAUCGUCUCUCCUCCAUACCAUUCCUCACCCAGAUGCGUCGCCGUUAAAUGCCGCCGUUGCGCCAAAUAAAUUUCGGAGUUUCAGAGAUCUAACGUCGCAAAACCCUAGGCAAGGCGUCUAUUUGAUGAGGUGCUACGCAUGACAAUCACACGUAUCAUAUCCUUUUCAUUCUCGUUCGCCAGAGUUUCUCGAUCAUCAACAUCCGACGAUCACUGCCUGCGGGAACAGGAUAAAAGAAGUGGUCCUUAUAAGAGUAGGGUGCUUGUGAAGUGCAGUUGCUUGGCAGGAAUCAGAAUCAAGUGAUAUAACAGAAGUGCAAGAUUACCUGAUGAGUUCUGACUGGCAAUCUGUUGGUUUGCUAGAUACCCUUAAAAUGGAGAGAGUCAGGACCAUUCUAACUGACGCACAUCCUUAUCCACAUGAGCAUUCACGCCAUGCUAUUAUUGCCGUGGUUUUGGGUUGCCUAUUCUUUAUCUCAUCAGAUAACAUGCAUACCCUGAUACAGAAGUUGGACAACAAUAUUAAAUGGUGGUCCAUGUAUGCUUGUCUGCUCGGUUUUUUCUAUUUCUUUUCAUCUCCGUUUUUAGGGAAGACAUUUAAGCCAAGUUAUUCAAAUUUCAGUCGAUGGUAUAUAGCCUGGAUUUUGGUGGCAGCUCUAUAUCAUCUUCCCAGUUUUCAAUCAAUGGGAGUGGAUAUGAGGAUGAAUCUCUCUUUGUUUUUGACAAUAUAUGUUUCAUCAAUUUUGUUUCUUCUUGUUUUCCAUGUUAUAUUUCUUGGCCUCUGGUAUGUUGGUCUUGUUGCUCGUGUUGCUGGAAAGAGGCCUGAGAUCCUGACAAUUCUUCAAAAUUGUGCAGUUAUAAGUAUAGCCUGCUGUGUAUUCUAUAGUCAUUGUGGAAACCGUGCUAUCUUAAAGCAAAAACCAUUUGAACGCACAAAUUCUAGUUGGUUUUCUUUUUGGAAGAAAGAACAUCAAAAAACAUGGUUUGCAAAAUUCCUCCGCAUGAAUGAAUUGAAAGAUGAGAUUUGCUUGUCCUGGUUUGCUCCAGUUGGGUCUGCUAGUGAUUAUCCGCUUUUGUCCAAGUGGGUUAUUUAUGGUGAGUUAGCUUGCAGUGGGUCAUGCCCGGGAUCGUCAGAUGAGAUUUCUCCCAUAUAUUCAUUAUGGGCCACAUUCAUUGGCCUUUAUAUUGCCAAUUAUGUGGUGGAAAGAUCAACAGGAUGGGCUCUUACUCACCCCCUAUCAGUCAAAGAAUUUGAGAAGUUGAAGAAAAAGCAAAUGAAGCCAGAUUUCUUGGACAUGGUUCCUUGGUACUCAGGGACAUCAGCUGAUCUGUUCAAGACAGUUUUUGACCUCCUGGUAUCAGUUACUCUGUUUGUUGGGCGUUUUGAUAUGCGUAUGAUGCAGGCGGCUAUGAGCAGGGUACAAGAAGGAGCUCAACAAGAUGAUCUAUUAUACAGUCAUUUCUCUGACAAGGAUGAUAUGUGGUUUGACUUUAUGGCGGAUACUGGUGAUGGUGGAAAUUCCUCCUACACUGUGGCACGGCUUCUCGCUCAACCCUCCAUUCGGCUCCGUAAUGGGGAUAAAGAGCUCAGCUUGCAGAGAGGAGACCUUCUCCUAAUUGGGGGUGAUCUUGCUUAUCCUAAUCCAUCAGGGUUUACAUAUGAAAAGCGCUUCUUUCGUCCUUUUGAGUAUGCACUUCAGCCUCCAUCAUGGUAUAAAGAAGAGCAUGUAGCUGUAAACAAGCCAGAGUUACCUUGUGGGGUGUCUGAACUGAAGCAGUAUGAUGGACCUCAGUGUUUUGCUAUCCCAGGAAACCAUGAUUGGUUUGAUGGACUUCAGACCUUUAUGAGGUACAUCUGCCAUAAGAGCUGGUUGGGUGGAUGGCUGAUGCCUCAGAAGAAAAGCUACUUUGCUUUGCAACUACCUAAAGGUUGGUGGGUGUUUGGCCUUGACCUUGCUCUCCAUUGUGAUAUUGAUGUAUACCAAUUCAAAUUCUUCUCAGAUUUAGUAAAACAAAAGGUUGGAAAGAAUGAUUCAGUCAUCAUUUUGACACAUGAGCCAAACUGGCUUCUUGAUUGGUACUGGGAUUACAAGACAGGGAAAAAUGUGUCGUACCUGAUAUGUGACUGUUUGAAAGGGCGGUGUAAAGUUCGGAUGGCUGGAGAUUUACAUCAUUAUAUGCGUCAUUCAUAUGUUCCAUCAGAUAAGCCUGUUUUUGUGCAACAUUUACUUGUUAAUGGUUGUGGCGGUGCCUUUUUGCAUCCCACGCACAUCUUUAGUAGUUUCAAUACGUUAUAUGGGACAUCCUACGAGACCAAGGCUGCUUAUCCUUCUGUUGAAGAUUCAAGCAGGAUUGCCUUGGGAAACAUAUUGAAGUUUCGAAAGAAAAAUUGGCAGUUCGAUUUCAUUGGUGGGAUCAUAUAUUUUGUGUUGGCAUUUUCCAUGUUCCCGCAGUGUAAGCUAGGUCAUAUCUUGCGGGAUGAUACAUUUUCUGGUCAUCUGAAAAGCUUCUUUGGCACAGUAUGGGAUUCUUUUAUAUACUUGCUGGGACACUCAUAUACAUCUUCAGUUGGUGCUGUGCUGUUAUUAAUAACUGCUUUCACAUUUGUCCCCUCCAAAGUCUCUCGCAAAAAAAGGGUGAUAGUUGGGAUUCUUCAUGUUUCUGCGCACUUGGCUGCAGCACUUAUUCUAAUGUUGCUAUUGGAACUUGGUGUUGAGACUUGUAUCCAGCACAAACUACUUGCAACUUCAGGUUACCACACUUUAUACGAGUGGUAUCGGUCAGUGGAAAGUGAGCAUUUCCCAGACCCAACUGGCCUCCGUGCUCGCAUGGAACAAUGGACAUUUGGUCUUUAUCCUGCGUGUAUCAAGUAUCUUAUGUCUGCAUUUGAUGUCCCUGAGGUCAUGGCUGUUACCAGGAAUAACAUCUGUAAGAAUGGGAUGGAAUCACUCUCUAGAGGGGGUGCAGUGAUAUACUAUGCUUCUAUCUUUCUUUACUUCUGGGUCUUCUCUACCCCAGUUGUUUCUUUGAUCUUUGGAAGCUAUUUGUACAUUUGCAUUAAUUGGCUUCACAUACACUUUGAUGAAGCCUUUUCCUCGCUUCGGAUUGCUAAUUACAAGGCAUUCACUCGCUUCCAUAUCAACCGUGGUGGUGAUCUUGAGGUUUUCACACUUGCCGUUGAUAAGGUUCCAAAGGAGUGGAAGCUGGAUCCUAAGUGGGAGGGGGAGCCGAAGCAGCAGCAGCCGCAGCAGAUGAGCCACCAAAGAAAAUUUCCAAGCAAAUGGCGAGCAGUUUCUUCAAAGCAGGAUCCGUUAAGAACUGUUAGGAUUGUCGACCAUUUUCUCAUUCCACGAACAACAAAACCGGAUGGAUCAGUUUUUACCGAUUCAUCUGACAUGUGAUAUUUUUCAUUAUUUACCAUUUUAAGGGGGCAAUGGAGAAUAAAAAUGUAGAUUCUAGGUACAACUUCUUGUUUAUUCAACCGAAAACAAAAAUCUUGCAUAUUGAUUAUCUAUUGGUAGGAGUUUUUUUUUUUUUUUUUUUUCCCCUUUUUUAGCUAGAGGUGACUUUUAAUUUUAUGAAAUC